AUGUCUGGCAAAUCGAACGCGGAUAUACGAUCUUCUAAUGUGCCAUUGGGCAACCAACGACGCAACGCUUCCUCCUUCGCCAAUUUUUUCACCGUCGUCACCACCGUCGUCAUCUUGUUUCGACCGCCAAAACUUGUCCUUUGCCAAGUUUCGCUUCACAAGGCUGCAAGCGACGGCGCGCCUAUUACCGGAUAUAUUUCACGUUGGCCAUUCUAUCAAGGACACCUUUAG